UCUAAACGACACUCUGCAGUUAUUAAAAGUUGUACCCCAAGCAGCGCCCACUGGAGCUGCAGAAGCUGUCAGACACUAGGUGGGCCUGCAGAGAAGCUGCCCUCAAGACAAUGAGGAAGAUCUAACCAGCUGUCAUGCAGUUUCUGGAGGAAAUACUACAGCAAGAUCCUCCAGACUCUUCAGCGGGUGAUGCAAUGAUCCUUCUCAAAAGCAUCAAUUUUGAAUUCAUCCUGUGUCUGGAGAUCACCUGUCCCAUCUUCCAAGUGACUGCUACUGCAUCUGAUGCAUUGCAGAAGAAAGACAUUGACCUGGUUGCAGCAUACAAGAUUGUUGAUGGUGUUUUGCAGAGCCUGGACCACAGCAGAACAGAGGAAGAGUUUGAGAAAAUUUAUGAACAGGCUAGAGAGAAGGCUGCAUCAGUGGGCCUGGACCCCCCAUCUGAGGUCCCUGGACAAGCUCGGAGGAGGAAAGUGCCAGCAAAGUUUAAGUUUGCUGCCACAACAGCUACUGCAGAUGACCAUGCUUUCACAACUCCCCAAGAAUACUACCGUGUUAAAGUGUUCUAUGUUUUUGUUGACACAAUGACACAGGAGCUUCUGAGACACUUUAAAGGAGGAGAUAAUUCUACAUGGGAAAUCUUGAAUGCCUUACAUAGCCUGACAGUCCCAGAGAACUGGAAAAUAAUCUCAACAGAGGCACACCAAGCUGUGAAGAAACUCUGCCAGUUCUAUGACAUUGAGGAGGAAUACAAAUUACAGAAAGAACUUAAGGUCUUUCAUGCUUCAUACUCAUGCCCCCCACCAGUCAGUGUGGCAUCCAUUCUUUCAGUGGUCAAAGAAAACAAUGCACAUCUGAUCUUCCCCAACAUGACUGAGCUGUUGAAGACAUAUGGAACACUCUGGGUGUCCACAGCAACUGUGGAGCGAUCUUUCUCAAAACUAAAACUAGUUAAAAACAAACUUCGCACCCUUUGCUCAGAGGAGAGGUUGUCAGACCUUCUUUUAUUGGCAGUUGAGAAGGAUGUUCCAGUCAACCACAGUGAUGUCAUCGACAUUUUUCGGGACAUUGCAAACAGAAAGUUACUGUUAUAAUUUGGGACAGGACAUGAAGAGCAUCUUAUUCCUUCCUGCUCUUUCCAAAACAUACCCUGUGUUUUUGUUUUCUGAUUAAUAAAAUGUUUGCUUUUUCCCCCUUGGUUUAUUUUUUUACUGUUGUAUUUUAAUAUUUGAAAGAAAGAAAGAAAGAAGAUUUUACAGUUCUACAAUUUAAUCCCUCCCACAUAAAGUUGAUGCUGUGAUGGUCUGUGCUCUGUGAUGCUUAGAAGGUGCUGUUAACAGGACACACACACACUGUCUGUAUAGAUUUUUUUAAUACAUUCUCACCCUACCAUGACUCCUGUCUUUUUUACUACUGAUAUCCUGGUUUCAGUUUAUUUCCCAGUUUUUUAAAUCUGUUGCCUUAUGGUUCCAAGCAUUGUCACCAAUCUUUUUACAUUUUAUUUUUAUCUCAAAGCACUUGUUUAAUCAGCUACCUAUGGACUUUUUAAUGUCUACAGUCUCAAAACAACACAGCCCUGCCCUCCAGCACUAUCAGCAGCAGGAGCAGCAGUAAUUCCUCAACAGCAACAUUGUACGCCAUCAGGUAAAACAUAGGCUACAUUUGCUUUGCAUUGUCCCCACCUGAUGACAGUCUUAUAGUAUAGCAAUAUAGCAAUUCCAUAUUAGAUUCGUCAUGAAUGUGAGUUGUUGUUAUUCAGCCUGUUCUAUCUGCCCCUUUUUUGACUUUGAGCACCCGCCCAUUUGAACGUCUCUGCACGGCCCUGGUAAUGACGAGACGGAGUAAUGCGCGUCUCUGUUCCUAAAUAUUCAGAGAGAUUACAAACCAUCUAGUGAACCCUCACGUUACACGUUUCUGAUGUGACUUCAUCCCAGAUACACGAUGACAAACAGCUUUACUUUAACUUUACAUUUUUCAUGUGGUUUCUUUCAGGAGAGUCCAGAAACACAAACACUCGGAGUUUGAAACACCGAGACUAACGGAAAACUUUGUUUUCUCUCAAAAACAAAGCGACAGCAGAGCGAGCAGAGAAAGAAACGACAGACCAAACAUUCACAGCAUAUUUCCUUUUUUCGGCAGAAACAUCUGUUUCCACGUCAAGUACAGCAG